CAGGUGGAGCUGUCAAAUCGCGUAAUCCGCCACCACCGCCAAUACUCGGACCGCUUCCUGCGCGUGACUUUCUGCGAGGAGAACGGCGGCCGCCUCUGCUUUGCCAAUGACAUCCCUCGCCUGGAAGACUACAUGGACAGGAUGGAAGGCAUCCUGAAGGAUGGCUUGGAACUUGCCGACCGCCAUUUUGACCUGCUUGCGUUCUCAUCAGGCCAGGUGAGGGAGCAGUCGGCCUGGUUCUGGGCUGCGCCUGACAGCGGCCCUACUGCGGCAGACAUCCGCGCAUGGAUGGGCGAUUUUGACGCCAUCCGCUGCGUCGCCAAGUUCACCGCGCGCAUGGGGCAGUGCUUCUCCUCCACCGUUGACACCCUCAAGUUGCAGGCGUACACGGUGCAGACGGUGCCGGACGUGGAGCGCAACGGCUACUGCUUCUCGGACGGCGUCGGCCGCAUCUCAGUGGAGCUCAGCCGCGCGGUGGCCGACCGGCUGGAGCAGCUGGGACGCUGCCCGGCCGGCUGGCUGCCGCGCGCGUACCAGAUCCGCUACGCCGGCUGCAAGGGGAUGGUGUCUCUGCACAUGGGGCUCCGUGGCAAACGGUUUGAGGUGCGGCCAAGCAUGAACAAGUUCGAGGCCAGCGCUCAGAUGCUGGAGAUCUGCGACUACGCGCGCUACGUGCCGGGCUACCUCAAUCGCCAGAUCGUCACCCUCCUCAUGCAAAAGUGCCUCGGCGUCCCCAACUCGGUCUUCCAGCGUCUGCAGGCGCGCACCGCCCUCUUCAACCUGAAUAAGUCUGGCCAACUCCGAUGCUUCUGUCUCAAUCUCAUCAAGUGGGGUGAUGCGGCGAUAAUGCUGGAGGCAGCGCACAUCAUCAGGGCGGGCUUUGACGUGGGCACGGAGCCCUACCUGAAGAGCAUCCUGCUCUGCCUGCGUGCCCACCUGCUGCAGGACCUGAAGGCCAAGACACGCGUGCGCGUGCCCAAGGCAGCUUUGCUGAUGGGAGUCAUGGACGAGGAAGGGGUUCUCGAGCCCGGCCAGGUAUUUCUGAGCGUCAACAGCUUGCCAACCAUGGCGCUGCCGGCGAUAGUGACCGGCACCGUCGUCGUCGCCAAAAAUCCCUGCUUCCAUCCAGGGGACGUGCGCAAAUUUCAGGCGCGCCCCUUGUUUCGCUCCCCUGAAUUACACCAUCUGGUGAACUGCCUGGUCUUCCCCCAGAAAGGACAACGCCCCCACCCGGACGAGUGCUCCGGCUCUGACCUUGACGGAGACCAAUACUUUGUUUCCUGGGAGCCCGGCCUGCUCUUCCCAGGGCCCAACCGAGAGCCCAUGAGUUUUCACUCCCAGGACCCCGUGCUCAUCCCUGAAGGCCAGGCAAGCCUCGUGGGUGACGUGGCGCAGUUCUUCAUGGACUACAUCUUCAAUGAUCUGCUCGGCAUCAUCGCGAAUGCACACCUCGCUACAGCCGACAUCAAGCCAGACGGCGCUCAGUGCUCGCAGUGCCUGCAGCUGGCUCGCCUGCACUCGAACGCGGUCGACUUCACAAAGAGCGGCCGGCCGGCGGAGUUCAGCAGGGACCUGCGCCCGCUCAGCUAUCCAGAUUUCAUGAUGAAAAAGAACAAGGAGACGCAUGAAAGCAGCACCAUCAUCGGACAGCUCUUCAGAGCCAUCACUGUGCCAACGCCGCCUCUGCUGUCCGACAUUGCCAGCGAGACGCAACCGGACCCAGACAUCAUGGUGGAGGGCUUUCAGCAGUUCAUCCCAGCAGCCCAGGAGGCGCGGACGCGGUACGAGCACGCUCUGGUCCAGAUAAUGAACCAGUACGGUGUGCACAAUGAGGCCGAGAUUGUGAGCGGAUGCAUCUCAAAGUUCGCCAAGCACCGGCGCAAGAAGGGCGACGUGAAGACCAUGAUCAUCGACGCUGUGCGCGCCCUGCGCAAGAAGAACAGGGCAGAGUUCCCCGGCCCACUGGCGGCCAGAUCGCGCCGCGCACUGCAGAAAGCAUGCGCUUGGUAUCAUGUGACCUACUCACCGGCAUACAGCGGCUACGGGCCGGCUGCAGCGCUGAGCACCAGGGAGCUCGAUGCGCGGCUCAUCAGCUUCCCCUGGAUCCUGACUGACCAUCUGGCGGUCAUCAAGACCGGACCGAGACGCCGUCUGCCAGGACAGCGUAUCUGA